UAAACAUUAUAAGUACUGAAGUAUAAGAUGUUACAUUAAUUGAAACGGUUUAAAAGUUAUUUUGAUUUAUUUUAUUUAAUAUUAUAAAUUGUUUUCAAUUGAAGUUUUAUAUACUUAAUUAACUGUAAUUUGUUAUACUCAAUUGCACGACAUUUUUCAACCUUUUGAUAAGAAACUUGGCAGUGAUAAACUCAUCAGAAUCAAUCUCCGAUCUCGCUAUUUAUUGCUCUCGGUCUCAUCAACAAUAACAUCAAUAAAAUUUUAAAUUUAUUUGAUCAUAUACUACUAAUAUGUCAUUAGUAGCUUUAAAAAAUGCAGUAACUUCUGCUUUAACUAAAGGUAAAUCUGAUGAAGAACUUGGAAGAGCUGAAAGUUUAUUAAAUAAUAAUCAAACCCCUUAUGGUUCAACAUCAACUAAUGAUAGGGGAGAAGAAAUUGCUCAUGAUGAACAAUUUAUACAAAAUGCAGUUUCUGCUGCUUCAUCUGUAUUAGGUAAUGAAAAUAAAGAAGAAGAAGAAGAAGGAUUCUUUAAUAAAUUUGAUCCAAGAGUAAUGUCAGAUAUUAUUAUUGGACUUUCAGAUGGUUUAACAGUACCAUUCGCAUUAACUGCGGGGUUAUCAUCAUUAGGUGAUUCAAAAUUAGUUAUUACUGGUGGUAUGGCUGAAUUAGUAUCUGGAGCUAUAUCAAUGGGUUUAGGUGGAUUUUUAGCUGCUAAAUCAGAAUCAGAAUAUUAUAAAUCUCAAGUUAAAAAGGAAAAAUUAGAAUUCUUUAAAAAGCCAGAACAAGUUAAUCAAGAUGCUGCUGAAAUAAUGUUUGAAUUAGGAGCUUCAGAACAAACUAUUGCUUCAUUUUUAAGAGAUUUAGAUUCUCAACCAAGGAAUUUAAUAGAUUUUGUUAUAAGAUUUGGUAAAGGAUUAGAAGAACCUGCUGAAGGUAGAGAAUUUACUUCAGCUUUAACUAUUGGAUUAUCAUACUUUUUAGGUGGAUUUGUACCUUUAUUACCUUAUUUCUUUACAUCCGUUGUUAAAACUGGAUUAUUAAUUUCUGUUAUUGUCAUGUUAAUCACAUUAUUUGCUUUUGGUUAUAUUAAGACUUCUAUUUCAUUAGGUGAAGAAUGUGGAACUCAUAAAAAAGUUUGGGAAGGGUUCCAAAUGGUAGCUAUUGGAUCUAUUGCUGCAGGUGCUGCUUGGACUUUAGUUUACUUAAUUGAAUAGACAGUUCCAACUAUUUCCAAUUAUUGCAUUCUUUCAUGUGUUAUACUAUAAAACUUCUCAUUGCAUUCAUUUUUUCUAUCUUCAUAGAAAUCAAAUCUUCACCACCCAUUAAUCGAGUAACCAUUCAUUAAAGUAUUUAUAAUGUUUUAAUUUUAAUUAUUAUCAUAGUAUUGUGAUUGUUUAUAUAGCAAUCUACAAUAAUAAUAUGAGUUAUGUAUAGAAUCAUACUCAAUGUACAUUAGAUAUAUAUCAAUCGCAUUUUUGUAACUUUCGCAAUACUGGUUUUGCAAUCGUCACAAUGCUACUCAGUAGUUACCCCCCACUACCCCAUAAAAUUCUCUAAUUAAGCAUAUAAACACAUCAUUUAUUUCUUAUAUACUAAUGCCUAGAAAUAGUAAAG